GCGCGCGCGCGCACACACACUCAGAUGCUCGUUCUCGAUCGGCGGCUGAAGCGGACGUUGAUCUCGUCAUCCUGAGGUCGUCUCGCGCACCGGUGUGAUGGCGGCGGCACGCGCGCCGUUAUUCCGCGCAUCUGUCGGUCGUGUCUGAAUAUAUAAAGCCGUUAGAUCAGACAUGUCACGCCGUCAGGGAUCGGAUCUCGUCCGCUGCUGUGCUCUUCUGAUGUGUGUCAGCACCGCGAGUUUAGCUUUACCGAACCGGACCGUCCGUUCUUCGCCAUAUGAAACCGCCGACGGUGAUAAUAUGAAUAGGUCGAUAAACACAGACACUCCGGAACUCAAUAAAUCAAACAUCGAGCUGAUACCAAAGCUACAGGACGACAGCAGCACUGCCAGAGCGAGGCCAUCAUUGGGCUCUGAAAUUGGGCCACUGUGCGCGUACCGCAUCCUGAGCGCGGGUGACCCGGGGCGUCUGUGUUUCCGGUACACCCUGUCCGACUUUAGAUGCCCCGUCUCUUCGUGUCGCCAGGUGAGGUCACCCGACGGGCAACUGACAGCCAAUGUUCUGUCCAACAGCAGCGUGUUCAUUCAGUGGACCGUACCGGGACACGCGCCCCAGGACUCCAGCGCCCCACCAAAGAGCCCGGGUCAGACGGGCGGCUUCAGGCUCAGCUGCUGGUGGAACGGCAGCUACGCACAGUUUGAAUGCGCCGGGGUGCAUUUAGGCAGCAGCUGCAGGGAUUAUUUACUCGAUGAACUGCACGCGGAUGCCCCCUACCGCCUCUGCGUGCGGCCCUACGCCGCCGAACGGCCCGCAGCCUGCGUGGAGUUCAACCUCGCGCCCAACGGGAUGCAGGACAUCGUCAUCGCCAUGACAACAGUGGGCGGGGCCAUCUGCGUGAUGCUGGUCAUCAUCUGUCUCCUGGUGGCGUACAUCACAGAAAACAUCAUGAAUCCACAACACACGCUCAGCGCGCAGCAUUCGCACAGAUCACACUUACACACACACCUGUGAAACACACAAACACACACUUGUGUCCUAGAGCUCAGGAUCACACAUGAAAUGCAGGAUUCAUGUAAAACUGCGACACUGUUCCUGAGGUGCUCGUCAUCUACACAAACAUACAGGCUGUGUUCAGAAUGCAGAACUGUUAACUGCGCAGUGAAACAUUUCAUCAUUCAAACACCAUCUCAUCGUUUUAUCAAGUGGCUUAUUUUUCAUUCUUAACCUUUAUCUUUGUUUAUUACACAGUUACAGUAUAAUGGACUUAUCUUUACGUGUCUGGAGGUCACAUGACGUCAAUUGACAUUUCCAGAGACAGUCAGUCUGAAAAAUGGUUGAUAUGAGUUUUGUUCUUUGCACUUGAAAUGUGAAACUAUUACGUACGGCACAUUUGGUGAAAUCUGUGUAUUUUAUGUGAACAGCAGCAAUAAUGUGGUACAGUACAGCAGGAUGAUAUUCUGAACACAGCCACACACUCACUUCUUCUCUCGUUUAAUCAUGUCAUUCACCAGAAAAACCGUGCACUCUGUGAUAUCUACACUUAUAGUUAGACGAAUAUUUCUUCUGGUCUGUAAAAGCGAACAUGACGACUUUGUGUGGGUUUAGGCUUUAGUGAGGAGGACAAGCUGCUUUACUUUCUUAAAGGGAUGCUGUGCAGUUUUGUACUGUAAUGUUGUGUGUGUGUCUUACCCAAUAAUUUACAUUAUGCCUUAUCUUCACACAACUCUCACGAAUUAUAGAGUAAUAUUCACCAAAAUGAGAACUGGGUGACCGGAUGGUCAUUUCAAUACUGUGCUUUAAUUCCUCUGUAUUACAAAACUUUUGUGUCAAUA